CUACCGUAUAUUUGUGAUUCGCCGUACAUAACUUAUUCAUACUACAUCCAUUUUAAAUUCGUAUUUGGUUAAUAAAUUUUAAUACAAAUUCGUUUUUAUUUAAUUUAUUUAAAAAGCAAGUCUCCGCUGUUUUAAGCCACCUACUACAUAUGACUAUGUAUAAAGGUUCUUCGCAUGAUUACUGUUAAUUUUGACUGAAUUUUACUUUAGGCGGUAUAAACUAAAUAUGUACAUAUAAGUUUCUUUUUGUAAUAUGGGCGCAAUUCCGAUUUCUUUGGUGCCACGAUCUGAAGUUACAUUGGAUGUAGAAAUGAAUUUGAAAAUAAAAUGUUGCAACAAUUUUAUCCGAGUCACAUGAUCAUCACAUUUAAGACUUCUUUAAAUAUUCUAAACUUGGUACAUUUAUUAUUACGAUUACUUCUAUUUCAAUAAGAUGACAAAUGCAAUUCAAGUUUUUUAAUAAAAAAAAAUCGCAACCGAAAUGUUAAUUUAAUAGGUUCACUUGAGUAAUUAUGAGUAUUGUUAGUUUUUUACAUUAGAUAAAAUAAGAAGAAUAUAAAAAAUGGACGACAGAUUUGUACAGAGUACGUCGAAGGAUUCGAAAGCGAAAGUCCAACCAACUGCUCGGAAGAAGUUCCAUGCAAGCACCCCAUACGAAAGACAGCCAAGUAAAAGUAAAACAUUCUGUGGGUACGAAAAUGAUCCCUCAGAAAACAAUACAGCAUAUACAGAAGCCCUGUCUCUUUUGAAAAUCAUUAUAAAAAAACAAGAAUCACUUGAAAAACGGAUCGGUCAAAUAGAGAACAGCGUUUUCAACACAGAAUCCGUAAUAUUGAAAGAUAUUAUUCAAAGGAGCCAAGCUAUGGCUAAAAACAAAAAUAUACGAGAGCAGAAGGUAAUAUUAAAUAAAAGUAAAAAUAUACCCUGUUCAGGGUAUAAAAAGGCCCAUUCAGAUUGUCAUACGUUUGGGGAAAUAGAAGACGUCACUUUUGAAGAGAUUGCGUCAAAAUUUCCUCUUGUAACAAUGGAUGCUAUUUUGGAAGUGGAGGAGAAACUAAAUAUAAAACAGUAUAACAAGUCAAUGGUUGCGUUUGUACAUAAGUUGAAGGAUAUAUGCAACAGCGUCGAUGGAGUCCUUCGUCGGAUUUUUACAGACACACUAAUGCAAAAUUUUAAUUGGGAUGGACGAUGGGGAAAGACGCCGCUCAAUACUUUAAAAAUAAUUAAUCAAAUUGUGUUUGAGACGUUCCAGACUGACACAAAAACUUUUGAGCUGAACGUAAAAAAAUAUGUGGAACUUUCACGCAACCGUGUGAAGCAAAAAGCUAGAUUGCAUACUAAAAACAGAAAACGACAAGAGUUUUAUCUGGGUUAUCCAUAACGGGAAAAUCAUGAUAAAGGAUAACUCCUUUAAUUUAUAAAAAUCCACAGGCACAAUUUAUUUUCUCGUAAGAAAUAAAAAAGGAAGGACGUGCUGAAAAAGGGAAUUUCUUAUCAUAAUUUUUAAAUAUUUGGAUGAAAUAAUUCUCCUUCUGACUUCAGUUAAAAACAAGUGAGGAUGAAUGUUAAUUUUAAUUUUUUUAUAUUUUACUACUGUAAUAAUAUCUAAUGUUGCUCAUAUAAUUUUAUAUCAAUAUUUGUAAUCAUUAAUUUUACUGGAACUAUUUCAGGUGCGUUAAUUUUAAACCCACACAUUAUGUUUAAGGAUAUUACCUGUUCAUGUUACUUAUGUAUGUAAGAUUAAACAUUCAUUCAUUAAUAGAAAAACAUGUACAUCAAUCCACGAAAUUCUUUUAAAAUUUCAGCAUAUGGCAAAAGAUUCACUUAUGUGUAACAAUAGCACAUGAAUUGUAUGAGAAUAUCGUGUAAAUACUGUCCUAAAAGUAAAUGAACUAAAUAUAAAUAAUUUGUUAAGUAAUA